AUGGUCUACCGCCACCCAGUUGUCGUCUUCGUCACCGACGAGAACGGCGCAUCGCGCCAGGCGGGUGAGUGCCACCCACAGAACCUCGGCCGCGCCUCCGCCGAGGCUGCCGAGCAGCUGCGCGCCUCGGAGACCAAGUCCGAGGUCUUCUUCGACGGCAGCGUGGUCGACUCGCACUCGGUCGACAAGAUCUGCGACUGGAUCAACAGCAUCAACUUCGCGAGCAAGGACCUCGAGGAGCACGGCCUCGAGGUCUCCUUCGCUGGUCCCAACCCGACCUUCGAGCAGAUCGUCCUCCUCCACUCGACCGGAUACUACAUGCGCUGCCCGGCCACCCUCCGCGGCCAGCACCUCGAGAACGAGAUCUGGAAGUACAUGCACGAGAACUGCCUCUCCCUCCGCCAGUUCAAGAUGAUCAUGGAGUGGAUCCCGUUCUCCAAGCUCUGCAAGGCCGCCAAGGACGGAAUCGUCUACCAGAAGGUCCACGGCCCUGUCCCGCCGGAGAUGGCCCAAAUCGAGCAGUACUGCGAGGAGAACGGCAUGCUCGACGACCUGACCAACUACGAGCGCCACAUCCUCCGCAUCAAGGCCCACCACGAGAAGCAGGCCGCCGAGGCCGCCGAGCGCGAGCGCAAGAAGGCCGAGUACCAGAAGAAGCAGGAGGAGGAGGCCGAGUACGAGAAGAAGCAGGAGGAGAAGGCCGAGUACGAGGACGACAUGCGCGCGGGCAGCUACGCUGCUGCCGCUCGCGGCAACACCCAGUAG